GCGGCGGGCCGGGAGAGAGCGUAGUGGAGGAGGCGCGGUUGUGAGUAGUGCCGGGACAGGGGCGAUCCCGGGCUAGGGGAGCGUGGCGGCCACGGCCGGGCUUAGUGGGAGCUCCGAAGGGAGUGACUGGGGGACCCGGGCGGGCCACUUUUCUUCCGGUGCUUUUGCUUCUCCUUGCCUUUGGUUCGGGCUGAGCAUCGCCCGCCGAGCAGAGGUCCCCUCGCAAAACCCGGAGCGCCCCUCCGGUCAAUUGUUGGGCUCGGGAGCAUCGCGGUGCCCCGAGCGCGCCGGGCGCGAAAGCAGAGGGAGCGGAGCCUGCCGCGGACGGGGCUCGGAGCUUGCCCGCCCGCCUCCCUCGCUCGCUCCGGCGGGUCCGCUCGAUCAGGGCGCAGGGCGCUCGCGAUGAAGGCGGUGAGCCCGGUGCGCCCCUCGGGCCGCAAGGCGCCGUCGGGCUGCGGUGGCGGGGAGCUGGCGCUGCGCUGCCUGGCCGAGCACGGCCACAGCCUGGGUGGGUCGGCGGCCGCGGCGGCGGCGGCGGCGGCAGCGCGCUGCAAGGCGGCCGAGGCGGCGGCAGACGAGCCGGCGCUGUGCCUGCAGUGCGAUAUGAACGACUGCUACAGCCGCCUGCGGAGGCUGGUGCCCACCAUCCCGCCCAACAAGAAAGUCAGCAAAGUGGAGAUCCUGCAGCACGUUAUCGACUACAUCCUGGACCUGCAGCUGGCGCUGGAGACGCACCCGGCUCUGCUGAGGCAGCCGCCGCCGCCCGCGCCGCCGCACCACCCGGCCGGGACCUGUCCAGCCGCGCCGCCGCGGACCCCGCUCACGGCGCUCAACACCGACCCGGUGUGCGGCCGCCUGAGCCCGAGCCAGGAGCACUAGAGAGGGAGGGAGAAGAGGAGAAGUUAGAGAAAAAGCCACCGGAGGAAAGGAAAAAACAUCAGCAAACCUAGAAACGUUUUCAUUCGUCAUUCCAAGAGAGAGAGGAAAGAAAAAUACAACUUUCAUUCUUUCUUUGCACGUUCAUAAACAUUCUUACAUAUGUAUUCUCUUUUGUCUCUUCAUUUAUAACUGCUGUGAAUUGUACAUUUCUGUGUUUUUUGGAGGUGCAGUUAAACUGUUAAGCUUAAGUGUGACAGGACUGAUAAAUAGAAGAUCAAGAGUAGAUCCGACUUUAGAAGCCUACUUGCUGACCAAGGAGCUCAAUUUUUUGUUUUGAAGCUUUACUAAUAUACCAGAGCAUUGUAGAUAUUUUUUUUACAUCUAUUGUUUAAAAUAGAUGGUUAUAACGGGGCAGAGAACUUUUCUCUGCAAGAAUGUUACAUAUUGUAUAGAUAACUGAGUGACAUUUCAUACCGUGUAUAUAUAGAGAUGUCCUAUAAGUGAGAAAGUAUAUGCUUUAAUAGACUACUGUAAUUAUAAGAUAUUUUUAAUUAAAUAUUUUUUUGUAAAUAUUAUGUGUGUGUUUUUUUAAUCUAUGGGAAUAUUUCUUUUGGAAAAUUAUUUUUCAGCUCUAUUACAGAGCUCUUGAUACCUUGAAUGUCUUUUCUGUUUGGCCUGGCUUUUAAUUUGCUUCUGUUUUGCCCAGUAUAGACUUGGAAGUAACAGUUAGUUAUAGCUAGUGGUCUUGCAUGAUUGCAUGAGAUGUUUAAUCACAAAUUAAACUUGUUCUGAGUCCAUUCCAAUGUGUUUUCUUCAACAUAGACUGAAAUCUUUGUAUUUGAAGCAUACAUGUUGAGAAUAUACUCUAUCAGUUUUAAGUGCAGGGUUUUAUAGUGUAAUAUAUACAGAGUAAGUGUUUGUUUUUCAACUGAGGUCAAUAUGGAUUCUGAACAAUUUUGCAUAUAGGAUGAGGAAAUGCUUGGAUCCUUAAGGAGUUUACGAAACCUGCUGUUUUAUCAAAGUGAAAAAAACUUGCGUAUCACUCUUCAUUUUACACUAAAGCUUAAUGUCACUAAGUUUCGUGUCUGUACAGAUUAUUUAAAUCACAGAAAUGAAAAAAUGUUCUCUGCUUGCUACCAAAGCACAAACUCUUGGAAAUGAACACUUUCUGCUUUCCUUCCUCCAAAGAAUAUUAAUAGGCAGCAGUGGGAGAAAAAAAAAAGGCAUAAUGGCAAAUCCUUCAAGCAGGGAUAAAAGUCGAUCUUCAAACAUUAACUUAAGCAGACCAAAAAUUCUGAUGACCGCAUCUAGAUUAUUUUUUUAUAAAAAUGAUUUUCACUAUAGCUAUGUUAGUUACGCUAAGCUACUGUCCAAUCUCUUGUGAUGUGUAACUUUUACAUGUGAAUAUUAAAAUAGAUUUCUCUGUCUUGUACUGUGAUUUCUGGUCUCAUUUCUUUAAAACCUUACCCUGAUUUUUUUUUUUAAAGGCUCUUUUUUUUCUCCUUAAGGAAGGUAAUAUUUUCCAGGUUAGAUAGGACUAUCAGGGUUUGUGAACAUUAUGCAUUUAAUGUUAUGGGUACUUGACACACAAGUUAGAUGGAAUUUUUAGAGUGAAAGAGAAUUAAGUAGGAUUUAAUUGGGUGCUUUGUAAAUAGUCAACUGUGUGUAUAACGUGGUCUGUUUGAUUUUUAAAAGGAAAGGAUUUGUUUCAGAUUAUACAAGAAUAAAAGUAUUAUAGACCCAAGGGACUUUUUAUGAGGUCAAAUUCAAAUAUUUAUAUGAAUAUGAAAUACCGUGGUCCCCAGUAGUCAGUUGAAGUGGCAAUGUCUAAACAAAUGAACAAAACUAACGCUACUAGGUUAAAGUCAAUCAAAAGGUUUAAAAAUUGAUCCUAUCGUCAGCAUGUUAUUUCCUGAGCUCUGAUAUUUUACUGGUCUUUGAGUGUUUUUAGAAUUUGAUGUAUUUGAUGUUGAACCUUAUAAAGUCAAAAGAACUGCUUGUUUAGAUGAGGUUUAUUUUUAUUUUUGAUAUUAUUCAUUCUUGUCACACAUCAAGAAGAAAACACUAGAGCACUGCUGGAAUUCCAAAUCUGAAGAAUUCUAACGACUGCAUUCUUUGUUAUUAAAAAGGGCACAAUCCUUCCUUUUUAUUUGGCAGUUUAAUUUCAGUAGGAAGCAUGUCACAUGUGCACUGUUGGUUAGAAUUAUGCAUCUGUCAUGCCUGACUGCUGAACCCUACCUAAGCCUUUGGGCACAGUUUAAAACUUAACGCUGGUGGACUAUGAACCUCAAAACAAAUGGAUAUUUCUGGGUUUUGAGGAUAGAUGUUACUCCUUAGUUAAAGUUUAUAUUUGGGGCAUGAAAAACAAAAAGAAAAGAAAAGUGUUUCAGAUACUGCAUUUCAAAGAGUUGGCAUUUUCCCUUUGGACACUCAAGCAGCAUUUGAUGUUUCUAAAGAAACAAAGUCAUUGUUUAUUUUUUAAAAAAAAUUAUAUGCAGUUGUACAAGAUACUACAUUCCAUAGAAAUGCUGGCUAUGGCAACCAGAUAACAAAAACAGUUUGAGUCUUUUAUCUACGUAGUUCUAAUUAUUCAGAUGCUUUAUUUAACAAAGGAAAAUAUCCUGACUUCUCUCAUUUCAUUCGUAAACUUCUCAUUAUAUAGGCCCAACCAAAGAGGCAGACUCGUUUAAAACCCCAGAAGGAAAAAAAGUAUCCCACACAGUGGAUGCUGUUUCUAAGAAUGUUAGAAAAUCCUGACAUCUCAGACAUCUCGUGUUAAAGGAAAAAUACCUUUUCAUUUCAAAGAACUAAUAUACUUUGGUAUUGUGUAAACCUUACUCAAGUUUAUUGUCAAGCUUUAACUGCCUUUUUAGAACUUUUUAAAAUUUUGACCCCACGAAUCUAUUGUAUUAGUUGCCUUCUAUAACAAUAAAUCUUCACUGAGCAAAA